CCACGCCCGGUGACUUUCAGGCUUUAGCUGCCAACUGACACCCAACCAUGCCAGCAGACCUCAGCGGUACCUGGAACCUUCUCAGCAGCGAUAACUUCGAGGGCUACAUGCUGGCCCUGGGUAUUGACUUUGCAACUCGUAAGAUCGCCAAGUUGCUGAAGCCACAGAAAGUGAUUGAGCAAAACGGGGACUCCUUUAGCAUCAACACGUGCAGCAGCCUGAGGAACUACCUUCUUAAAUUCAAGGUUGGAGAAGAAUUUGUGGAGGACAACAAAGGACUGGAUAACAGAAAAUGCAUGAGCACAGUUACCUGGGAGAACGACAAACUCACUUGUGUACAGAAAGGAGAGAAGAAAAACAGAGGCUGGAGCCACUGGAUUGAAGGGGACCAGCUCCACCUGGAAAUGUUCUGCGAAGGCCAGGUGUGCAAACAAACCUUCCAGAGAGCCUGAUCUAUGUCCAGCCAUAGAGCCCACUUGGGGCAACUGCUCGAUGCCAAAUUAUCUUGCAGAAGGAAUGAGUGUUUGUCUGUUUUGGGUUGAUAAAGAGCCUUAUAUUGGAGAGAUGUCACACAGCCUGUACUAGUAACUAUUUGAUUGCAGCACGGUUUCAGCUCCAAUAAACCUAUUCAAAUGACGCUGAUUUUUUCUUUCAACACUUAACAUGACUUGUUUGUUUGUUUGUUUGAGGGGCUGAAGAGAUUUAUUUCUUUGUUAUCUGAGGGGCUGAAGGGAUGGCUUAGAGGUUGAGAGCACUGACUGCUCUUCCAAAGGUCCUUGCCUUGGAUUCCCAGCAACUACAUGGUGGCUCACAACCAUCUGUAAUGGGAUCUGAUGCCCUCUUCUGGUGUGUCUGAAGACAGGGACAGUGUACUUAUAUAUAAUAAAUGAAUAAAUCUUUUAAAAAAAUCUAAAUUUAUGUAUGAUAUAUAUAUACAUAUGUAUGUGUAUAUAUACAUAGUUAUAUAUGUAUAUAUAUGAGUAUGUGUGUGUGUACAUAUGGCCUUGAACCCACAGACAUUGCCCUGUCUCUGCCUCCAGGGAUUAAAGGCCUGGGGCUCGACCCAUUAUUUUGAGGAGUGUUUGAAAGCCUGUUCCAUGCACAGAGUGCACACUGAGAACAGGACAUUAAUUCCUGCCUCCAAGGCAGGUGAGAAAGGUUUCAAAAAUAGCUUCUGAAGGCGAACAGGUGGUGGCGCUGGAAGGGUGUGCGGCUAGAGAGGUGGCCUUGAUACACAAGCCAACAGGAAGUACUUUAGCUGGCACGCCAGGAGGUCUUUCAAGGGAUUUGGUUGCUUGUUUUUAUCUGGGGUCUCACACAGUAUAAGCUGGCCUUGACUUUGUAUCCUCUGCAGUCUCUUCCAGAUGCUGGGAGUACUGACGUGCUAUUUCACAUCUGGCUUGCCCUUGCACAGGCAGCCUGGUGCUCCGGAGCGGUGCUCCAGUUAACUGACAGGGUGUACUUGGGUGGGUGUGAAGAAACUGGAUUAAGGGAGAUAGAUCACCAUAGACCUAUCAUCAAAGACCUUGAGUGACAAGUUUUAAAAGUCGGAGUUUGGUUGGCUGGAGAGGUGGCUAAGAGCACUGGCAGCUCUUCCAAAGGACCCCGAUUUAAUUCCCAGAACUCACAUGUCAGCUAACAACCAUUUGUAACCCCGGUUCCAGGGGAUCCAACACCCUUUCCUGGCCUCUGUGGACACCAGGUGUGCAGGUGGUACGUAGACAUACACGCAGGCAAAAUGUCUAUACACAUAAAUAAAAAUCGGGGGCCGGCAAGAUAACAGUGGGUAAAGGUCCUUGCCCUCCUCUGACAAUAUGAAUUCCACCCCCACUUGACGAAGGAGAGAAUUGAUUCUCCACAAGUUCUUCUCUAAUGUCCACAUGUGCAAUAUGUACACGCACGCACGCACGCACGCACGCACGCACUCACGCUCGCACUGGUUAGACUUGCCCGCUGUGUAAGAGGAAGGUCACACUAAGAAAGUGUGUAGGUUGAGAAAGUGUGUUGGUUGGUUUGACAGAAGCUAGACUAGCCAGAGACAAGCUCUGGGCAAGUAUUUGAGGUAAUAUCUGGAUGUAAUUAAUCGAGGUGAGGAGACCGGCCCUAACUGGGAGGCACCAUCGCUUGGACUGAACAAAAGGUCCUUGAGCCCUGCUGCGAGACGCCCAGGCUUUGGAGGGCAAUAACCUGGGACUGUGAGUCAGCACAAAGCCUUCCUUCUUUACCUUGCUAUCCUCAGGGUAUUUUUCCAUAACAGUAGAAAGGAAUGUAGGCAGUAGGGUACCUGCAAGAUCAGAGAGGAGAUAGGACUGUUGAUGGGGGAGGAUCUUGGAGGGAGAUGCAGAUAAGAAAGUCCCGGUAGAGAGCCCUGGGCAAGUCUCCUUAACACGCUAGGACUCCGUCUGGAGCAGAAGCAUCCAUUGAAGAUGAGGAAUCCGCAGUUCAAGAUAACUAACUGGAUGAUUUUCCCGAUCGUGCCUCAGUGGGACUCAGUAAAAGAACAUCGGACAGACUAGGACUUAAGUGUCUGAGGCCAAAGCGCCACAGUUUAUGCCCGGAAAUAACCGAAUACUUUUAGGAGCCAAAGGAAGGACUUCCGUGAAGGCAGGGACGUGAUAGCUGCACCAGGCGCUGGAUGCAACUUCCCUCCCAUGGCUCCCGCUCCUUCUCUGCAGGCUGGCGCCAGCUGGCGGGGCUCACUGGGCUCAGACUGGAACGAAUGGCCACUUUGAGUUUCAACUCCAAGCGUCCACCAGGGGGAGGCUGCAGGACCUCGCUGUGCAGAGCUGAGAAGGGCUGCCACGUGUCGGAUGAGGACUGCGUGGAGCCGCGGGGUAGCGAGGAGGCUCUGUCGUUCCCCAAAGCAAGGGCUGGGUUCUCCGUGCAAAGGUGUAAUGACACGGAGAAACGGCAGAUUUUAUGGAAUAAAAGAGGAAGCUUCUCGCGACGACGCUUCUGCGAGGUAUCUGAACCAAGCCAGCUUUCCUGGGAGGAUCAAGAAUUUCAACUCCUGGAUUCCAGGAGAGCAGGAUGGAGAACAAUGGGAAGUCUGUGGUUAGGGAGGGGACCUGCAGUUCCACACGCGGACACCGGAGGGGAGGCAGAGGACACUUGGUCCUUGGUUUUAAUUCAUUUCUAUUUAUUUAUUUAUUCCUGCCUAGUAGGAAUGGAGAGAUCUGAUCUUUCAAAAAAGAAAUAAAUAAAUAAAAGCAAUCAAACAAAAA